AUGGCCGAUUACGCAUCACAGACAGUUGCUCAAUUGAAAGAGAUAUUGAAAGAAAGAGGACUCAGCACUGAGGGUAAGAAAGCCGAUUUGGUUUCAAGGUUAACCGAGUCAGAUAGUGCAAACUCCGGGGAAGCUACCAUCACCACCAGUACAACUAAUGUAACAGAGACGGCCACGCAGCCUACAGCAGAGACCGGGGGUGGAGCCGCUACUGAAGCUACGGAAACCAAUGAGCAGGCAGAUACCACAGGAGGCACCACAACAACAGAAACAACCACUUCCAAUGAAACUACAUCUGAAGCCAAGAAGGAAAAAGAAGCACCAAAAGUAUUAACCCCAGAAGAAAGAAAGAGCUUAGCUGUUGAGUUAUUAAACAAAAAGAUUGCUAGAGCUGAAAAAUUUGGGGAUGAAGCUGCUGCUGAACAAGCUCGCAAAGACUUGAAUCGUGUUUCGAAAUUUGGCGUUGAAUUGGGUACUUCCUUAGCUAGAGAGAUUGGUUUGGUUGAUAACAAACUUGGAGAAAAGAAACAUCAUGGACAUUUUAAGGGAAAGAAGUUUGGUGGAAAACAUCAUCGUGGGUUCAAGAAGAACAAUCGUAGGAAUUAG